CCGCGGGUGGAAUGUAGCCUUUUAAUUACUGCGAUCUUCAAAGGACAAGCCAGCAAUGCCAAUGGAGAUCCCGGCUAAGAUCGUGGCUGCGGCGCCGUCUCGCGCGUGGCAGAACAAGCAAGAGUGGGUCGUACUUGUGGAAAACAUCGCUCAGUCUCGCGCACGACUCGCAUCCGGCAUCCAGCUGGCCAUCGAGAAGCAGUGGGGCAAUAACUUCACCGCUAGUCUACAGGAAUACGCAGCGACCAAGGAGAACGAGAUCCGCGACGUAUGCAGCUCCAACUACCAGGAGUUCGUGGACUCUAUUGAAGAGAUCGUACGCAUGAAGGCGGACGUCUCUAAGCUGCAGGUGGUACAAGUACCAACGACGCUAAAUAGUACUUGGAUACUAAAAAUAAUUCUUUUUCGAAGCAGAAUGAUAUCGACCGCUUUCAAAGCGAGCUAAUGGGGGCCACGUCGGGCGUCCUGUCGAUCCACGACUCCCUGACCACAUGCUACACGGUGCAGAAACACAUUGACGAGUCCAUUGAGAAGUUGCAGCAAUGUCAACGCAUAGUGGCUCUUGCUGCAGACAUCGAAGCUUAUAUCCAACAGGGCAAACUCUUCCACGCACUCAAAAUGCUGGAGGAACUCCGCGUCGAAAUUUCGGUUUUUCGAGGUCGACUAUUCCCACAACGCAUGAGCGACUGGAUGCACGUCGCUAUGCGAACCAUCAAGGACGAAGCCAAACGAAAUGCUUCAAUGUGGCUGGAAGGUGUUCGAGCGGCGUCUCUGUCUAUUGGUGAAGCAGCUAUUCAUCGACUGGAGAACCAAAUCAGCGAGCAAUAUUACGAACAAGAUGUUUUAGAGAAGAGCGGUCAUGCUCCUGUGCUUGGGAGAUCAAGUAGCAAUGACAACGUUCCCACCAGUCCUCGAGCCUCGCUGAGUCCAGCCAACUCGGGGAGAUCUCUAGUGAGCGAAGAUUCGUUCAAGCUUCCGUCGAUCCGAGUCUUCAAUUCCGACGCUGAUACUUUACGCGAACGCAGUAAUAUUCACUCAAACUACAUGAAAACAGCUCUAGCACAAUUGUCGCCGAUGCUGAGAAUCCUGCACGUCUUCCGCGUCAUGAGUCAAGUGCCUGAACUGGCUGCGUUCUACAAUGCCAACCGCUUGGCUGUUAUGAUGGGCACGAACGCGUCGUUCUUGGCUUGCGCCUGUGAUCGCUUUGAAGAACACGUCAAGGUGCAGACGGAAGCCUGGGAAGCACGGACGUAUGGCUACAGUGUCAGCAACACGCUUCGUGGAGCGAACACUCAACUGGUGAAGCCUUGCUCCAGUCGACUGCUGUUGAGUAAGGCUGCAGCUAAGAAGAAAUUCGAUAGCACAACCACGAGAGCGCAAGAUAUGGUCUGCGAACUGAUGUUGAAGAAGAUUGACGAGCUGCUCUCGAGUUUCUACUAUCUCAACUGGACUCCAAGCACUGUUCUGACACAACCAGACCCUUCCAUGUGGGAUCUCAUCAACUAUCUCAAAGUAACAUUUGCACAACUGGGUCAACUGCCCCCAGCAGUCCAAGAAGCUGUGCACUUUGCGUCGUGCAGCUAUCUGGCCAAGUCGCUGGAGCAGAUUUUGAGUGGAUCAACUGUCAAGAAGCUCAAUAUGGAGGGGAUUGCCAACUUCAAACGCAAUCUAGACGUGCUACUCGACUUCAUUGAGUCCGUCCCAAUUGCUCAGUUAAAGGACUGCUUCGUUCCAUUCUCGCAUCUCGUUGAUCUAUUCAUUUCCGGAGGCGUGGAAGCGUUUCUAGACCCACAACAAAAAGAUGCUCGCGGCAAGUACUCUCAUUUAUCGUCUGAUACAGUGUCCGCUGUACUAGCAAAGAUGAAGGAUGGAAAGAGUUCGUCGAAAGCGUGGGGUGCUACGUUUGUUUCUGCUCCAAAGAAGAGCAUCUUUGGAGCCAAGAGCUCGAAAAAGUAAACCUCGCAACCUGACAAAAGAGAAGAUAACGUGCAGCUUCGAGUUGCUCAUUAUGAUCGUUGAAAAGAAGUUUAUGUGCCUAGAUUCGUGUAGGUGGCUACUAAUCAUGUUAAG